AUGCGGCAGGGAAUUGAAGUUGAUGAUGCAGAAGUUGUGUGGCCAGAAUCAGCGAGAGAGAAGGUUGUGGAGAAGAAUUGGCGAUCAGUAUUCCGCGUCCACCUGGAUGAUGUCGAAAAGUUUGGCCUAGAGUACUGCAUCUAUUUUCAGACCCUUCGUGCGUUGUGCGUCAUGUUUCUGGUGCUUUCGCUGCUGGCCGUUCCGGAGCUGCUUUUCUGCUUGCGAGGGAAUGUAUUUAUCCAAGAUGACGUGCUGAGCCGCCUUGGCCGACUGACACUUGGCAACGUGUCGCCAGAGACCACGCUCAACUCAGGACCCUUCAACUUUGGCCUCGGGGACUGUCGAGAUCCUGGGGCUUUGAGUGUAGGCUUACUCUUUGCAUCGCAGCUUGCGAUCGCGCCUCUGGCCCUUGGCAUCCUCAGCCUCUGGUCCUGGCCUCGUCUGGCCAGCCAUCCGGACCUUGCGCUGGAGCCUUCGGCUGCUGACUACUCGCUGCGGGUGCACGGCUUGCCCAACCAAGUAGAUCUGAGCGGGCGAACUCUGGAAGUGGAGCUCCUCUCACACUUCGAAACGGUGCUCCGCGAACGUGGUGCUGACGGACUCUGUUGCGACGUAGUCUUGCGGCGCAAUUUCCGUGGAGCCUUGCAGGCUGCCUUAGACUUGCAGGCCUGGGAGCUGAAAGCCGCCUCCGCCACGCGGCACAGCCCCGGCAGCCGCCGGGCCGCGCGCGCUCUCCAGCACCGCCAGGAGGCCGUUCGGCGGGUGGCAAUGCAGCGCCGUGACGAGAGCGAACGGCCGGUUUGUGGUGCUUUUGUAGUGCUGGGAAGCGAGGAGGAGCGAGACUGGCUGCUGAAACGGUAUCGCUUGGCACAGUUCGCCGUUUGCCGGGCUUUGCAGCCACGCCAUUUGCGGCUGCAGCAGAGAUGGCCUUUGCGACUAUCCGCUGCUCCCGAGCCAUCAGAUAUUGCUUGGUCCUACUUUUCUGAUGCAAGGUGCCUGCCCCCUGCCGCGGUGUGGCAGUGUGCCGUUCGAGUUUCCACCGUGACGUUCUUGCUGGUCUUGUUUCUUCUGGGUUCUGGAGGCUGCCUGCUCAUUUUUUCGGCUACGCUGGGAGUUCCUGGAGAGUCGGCGAUGCAAUGUGAUAUCUGGUCGUCACAGGAUGCCAGCUUAGCUGCCUGGAAUUCAGGCUGCAGCUGCCUCUGCGCCUGUGAUCUCCUAAAAUCGCAGAUUCCGGACACAUCACUGUGCGAACUCCAGGAGGUUGAGUCCUCCCUAGCAGUUUUUGCAUGUGUCGUCCUGGUGGAGAUUCUGCAAGCCAUCGCUUGUUGGGGGUUGAGGUGGCUGAUGCCACUUUGGCGUGCUGCGUAUGCUUCGCAGCUCGAGGCUGCCAAGAUGUUUCUCUUGGCUGCUGCACAGGUGGGUGCACCAUUGUCUCCCGUGUGCGGCCUGCUUGCUCUAAAGUGGCUGUGGUCAGAGCAGCUACUUCAAUUUCAAUUGGGUGCAGCUGGAGCAAAUGGCCUGCGACUGCAGCAAGUUGACAUAUCCUUCUACAAGUAUGCCAUCCCUAUCAUUUUGGUUUGGUGCUGUCUGCGAUGGCUUGUGAUAAUACCUGAUGCAAUUCGUAUAUGCAGAAGAUCACACGCUACCAGUUUCAUGCUCUGGAAGCAGUAUGCUUCUGUGGCAUCGGUGGUGGCCGUAACAAUAGCUUUCCAGCCAUUUGCACCCUGUCUUCCCUGUGUGGGUUUCGUGGGAGCGCUCAUUUGGUACUGGGCCGUCAAGUCCGUCAUUGCGCGAGGUGCAGUGACGGUUCGCUUCGGCACACCAGUGCGUCUUGCGCUCCUGGCGGCACGGCGGUUUGCCGCCUUCCUGUGGGCAUCAAGCUUCUUAGGCUGCUGCUUCGUGGCAUGGGCAGUGUGGCAUCCUUCAGGCACAGAGAUGGAAGGCAUGACGGAAGGACUUUGCGGCCCAGCGUUUCCUGUCUCUGCAUUGGCAAUCAUCUUGCUAGCGCUGCCUCUGUUGCUCUGGCUAUGUCGACGAAUCCUGUGGCUCUUCUGUGGCGUCGGGCCUCCGCCCCGAACCUGGCGACCGCUCGUCCGAAAUCCUCGAACAGAUGGAAGCAGACGAACACAGAAAGCGCCGCGAUCCAGAAUAAACUUCCACGAAGCUUGGCUGGUCAUGCGCCACCGAUCCAUCCUUUCAAGCUACGGCUUAUCUGAUCAUCCAGACUACCAGCCGCUUCUGAAGCUGCUCUUGCCGGACAGACCAGAAGUCACACUGGCAGAAAAGCCCAAGGAGACGGCUUACCUGGGGCGAAGCAUUGACAUGACAUGCAGCCGUGCUGUUGUUCAAGAAUCAGCCCCUCGUCGAGCUCAACUCCCGCCAUAA